AUGAAGACCGCCUUAGCCUGCCUGUUGCUCGCUGGAGUAGCCCUCGCCUACCCAACACUGGAGGUUCGGAACGAAAGGAGUGUCGACGGAGGUUAUGGUUCCUUGGACCUCGACACCCUCCAUGGUUCCGUCGCUGCUAGCGUAUUCGCUACCGAAAAUUUCGUUGGUGCUGCGGCUGCCGCACGCCUCGCUCACUCCCCUCCUGGAUCUGUAUACUACGGGGCUGGCCCUGGCUCCGCUGGAUACGAAAACAGAGUUCUUGCAAGUGCUUUAGCACGCCAAAAUACUCCAUUGGGCGGAAUUGCAUCCGGGCACCCAAUCAGAUAUGGACUUCACUAAUAA